GUCGUGGAUCAGAAAGGGAUGAACGUGCGCUGUGAUCCGGGAGUUCGCCCUCCUCGCUCGCCUUCUCGGUCACGCUGACUUGAAAAGAUCACCUGCUGCUGCGCUUCGAGGCAACGAACAGCCCAACAGCAGCGUUCAUAUCUCUCAAAGUCAGGGAGAGAAAAGGAUUCCGCCGUUCAUGUCACCGCUGCGCCAGACGCAGGCGAUCCGCGGCAGACAGCGCAGAACGUUAAGGGAUGACACCGUAUUUGGAUUAACCCCUGUGAAGCUGUGAGCUUGUCUUCUACAGUCGUCGUUUUCGGCUGCUGUUCUUCUGAAAAAUGACUGUGACUAGAGGAUAUUCUUGUGUACUGUAGUGGUCUACACUCUUGUGCCACCUCCUCUCCCUUGCCUCUGGUUCUCCACUCCAUCUUUACAAGCUGAGGGAUGGGCAUGAAGAAGGCAGCUCAGUGGUCUGAGGAAGAGGUCGGUCUCUGGCUGGCUGAAGAGGGCAUGCAGGAGUAUGCUGGACCCCUGCGAAACAUGGACGGUCGAACCUUGUUGCAGCUCUCUCAGGCUGACUUCCAGAAGCCUCCUCUAUCCCGAAUCACAUCAGAUGGUGGGAAGCACCUCCUGGAGAAGAUCAAGACGCUCAACAUUGAGCACCAUAUCGAAGUGCAUAAAAAUGGCUUUGCCAACGGUCAUGUGGUCGUAUCUCACAAUGGUGACGCCAGGGCCUCCAGCAAGAACAAACAGAACGGUUUGGUCAACGGCUAUAAUAAGGAACUGGUGCGUAUUCCCAUACCGGAGCCGACUGGCCUGCGGUUCCCCCCCGAAUGGGGCAAAACCGGUGUAGCCUUUUUAUACGCCAUCUGCUGCUUCGUCAUCACCACCAUCAUGAUUUCUAUAGUCCACGAACGUGUGCCUCCUAAGGAGGCGACCCCUCCUUUACCCGACAAGUUUUUUGACUUCUUCGACCGAGUGGAGUGGGCUUUCUCCGUAUGUGAGAUAAACGGGAUGAUUCUGGUGAUCUUGUGGAUCAUACAGUGGAGUCUCAUGAAACACAAGUCAAUUGUUGGCAGGCGGUUCCUGUUCAUUGUGGGGACCCUGUAUCUGUACCGGUGUAUCACCAUGUACAUUACUACUCUGCCUGUUCCAGGGAUGCACUUCAAGUGUUCACCCAAGCUGUAUGGUGACUGGGAGUCCCAGAUGCGGCGGGUGAUGAAGAUGAUCGCUGGCGGCGGCUUAACCAUCACUGGCUCUCACAACAUGUGUGGAGACUACCUGUACAGCGGCCACACCGUGAUGCUGACCCUCACCUAUCUCUUCAUGAGAGAAUACUCACCUCGACGGUUCUGGUGGUACCAUUGGGGCUGCGGGGCACUAUGUGUCGUGGGUGUGUUCUGCAUCCUCCUCGCUCAUGACCACUACACUAUAGAUGUAGUCGUAGCCUACUUCAUCACUACACGCCUCUUCUGGUGGUACCACAGCAUGGCCAACCAGCCAGACCUGAAGGGGGCAUCUCAGGGCAAUUUCCUGUCCCGUGUGUGGUGGUACAGGUUUUUCCAGUACCUGGAGCAGAACGUCCAAACCGUGGUCCCCCGGAGCUACCAGAUUCCCUUUUCAUGGAGAUCGCUGCAGUGGGGUAAUGUGAAGUACAGCAGGAUUGACUCCGAUUGACUGCGGUUUCCAUCCGGGGGAGUAGGACUUGAAACACUUGCCUUAAGAGCCAGGACUCAAUCACAUGACGAUGGCCUAACAAACUCUCAUUCUUAAGCCAAUCCCUUUAGUACUGAGCUACACGGCACUGUGACUGUCAAAAAGUCAUCCAAAGCAUUUCAUUCCUCACACACUGCCCACGUUCCAUCUGCAUUUCAGACCCAGUCUACUGCCAGCUAUGUAGUGUGUAGUAUACGGGGCCAGACCGGCUAAUGCCUUUAUCACCUAGGUUAAGAUGGGGCAUGCCAAAACAGAUCACUUCAUCAGAAAUAUUUAACAAUUAAUUGCAUUCCCCAUUGUCUUCUGCGUAGAUGUUUAAACUUGCUCUAGUUGAGCCAGCAUAUAAUUAAAGUAGAUGGGCUGGUGGUGGUCAGUUUUUGCGAACAUUUCCUUGUGCUUACAGAAGACUGAGCCAUUCUUUUUACCGACUAACUUGAGAAAGACUCUAGACAUUUCCCUCCAAGCUUUGUGCAAAGAGUCAUCUUUUCAGAGUAUCUGUUUAACCCCUAAUUUAGGAAUGUCCCUUUAACCGAACUGCCAUCCUGAAAGAGCCCACGAAGGACUUCAGGUGCAGAGCAGUGGUGUGUCUGACGAGAAUUGUCCUUUUGUAGCUGUCCACAGAUUUGCAAACGUUUCUAUGAAAUUAGAUCAUUUUUCAGACAGAUGUUACAUUUUUUAAGCAGAGAGCCAAUGAAGACAAGAAUACUGUUUUGAUGAUGAAGUUCCUCAGUGCCUUUCUUGCCAUGAAUGUGCAGUCGUUGUGUGGUUAUAUGGUUUAUGUAUUUAUGUUGGCUGUUUUUUUUUUUUUCUUUUUUUAUUACGGUCUCGGUUUUGCAUUGCUGUUGACAUAAACUCUUUAAAGGAGCGCUCCAGCCUUUUCUCUCUAUCCUAAUCCCACCGUAACAUCUCUCUCUGCCGCAUCUAUAGGCAAUUGUCAGUUUCCAUGAACAGUAAUUUCACCUUUAUUAAAAAAAACAGCAGAAAACCUGUAGAUUCAUCAUCUCCCCAUUACCUUCUAUUGAAAAUAUGUUUAAUAUGUAUAAGUCAGUGGGUUUUCUGUUCUUUUGCUACAGAGAAUCACUUUAAGGUUUGUGUCAGUGGUAAUUGCCCCUGUGAAACAGAUGUGGCAGAUAGAUUUGGUUAAACAAAUGCUUUCUUUCAAGGGAGGCAGAGCAGUCGUAUCUGUUCUCUACAAAAGCACUACAUGCUCGAGGUAUGGGGUUAUUCCAGGAGAUUUGCAGCCAUAUGUUAAAGUAUCUGGAACCACUUGCUUUAAAGCAUUAAAGGGAUUUACCCCAAAAAUGCUUGAAGAGAAAAUUAGGCUAGUACAGAACUAUUGCUGGUACAAACGAUUAUAAGUACAAGGGCCUCAUAGUUUGAAUACACAGAUUUUUUUUUUAUUAUUAUUUAAUUUUAUGUAUAUUAACUGUGGUUGUAGUUAUUAUUGCUUUUGUGAAAUUUUUCCACUUUCAUUGUUUCUUAUAAGCUAGAAAAAAAAUGAACAUUUCCUAGUAAAAUUUUACACUGUUGUUGUACUUAUUGUCGUUCUUGCCAGCAAUAAUUAUCCAGCAGCGGGUUUUUCUUUCCGUGUUUCUGUUCCAGUUUAUCAAACAUUAAAACGAAGUAUUACCGAGGCAGUGAUGGCCACAAAGCUAACUCCGAUGUCUGUGAUCAUUUGUUGUUUGUUUAAUUUGUACUGAGUUUAUUUAUUACUCUGUUUCAUUGUAAGUGGAAUACAAACACUAUUGUGUCCUGUUCAUUUUUUUGUGUCAUGCUGUUUUUGCCUAGGCCUGUGUCUUUGGGUCUGCCUUAACUCCAGACUGUUUAGCGGGCGAGGUCUCCAGUGUCCAGUGAAUGUUGGGAGAGGUUUUGUUCUACUGUGUUGUCCUGUAUGCUUAGGACUCCACAAGUCCAUAACAUUUGAGCUGUUCUGUAAUCUAUCCAAUGGAAAAAAACAAAAGCUGCUAAACUUUAAUAGUUUGUCCUUCUUUUUUGACAAAUAAAUGACAAACAUGAGCACAGAA